AUGCGUGCCACAGUGACUGGCUAUUCAGAGCUCCACAAGCUGAUCGGUGACGGAGACGUCCAAAAUUUCGAGCGCCUAAUAAAAGAAGGCAUUAACAUUCUCAUGCGAGCCUUCGAGACCCUCGAGAACCCAGCCGAAACAAAGAAAGCCAUUGUGGACCUAACCCUGAGUGAAGAUCUGGAAAGAUGGCGCGCGCGAAGAUCAACACAAGCUCGGGCGUAUUCUCCCAAGCAAAGGAAACGGUUUAACAAUGACAUCAGCAAAAGGGAGGCAGCAGCCCGGGGAUUCGAUCCAGCGGCACUGAUGCAUGAUUUUGUCUUCAGCAACCCGCAAACCGAUAUCGUCGACGUAGGAUCCGACCUCUACAAUUCCGAGCUAGCCAACAGUGUCUUGGGUACUGCAGAUGUGACAGACACUGGAAUUGUCACCGAGGAAGCGUUGCAACGGGUGUAUGAUGCGCACGGAUUCCUGCGACGCGCAUUGCUUGGCUUUUCGAAAGUCAGACGGACUGCGGGAGGCCAAAGGGAAGCGGACCUUGAAGAGGCGUUCGAUGUGGAUUUCCGCACCACAGGGUUCAGUAGGCAUUUGGCUACUGCUUGCAACGGCCUUGAACGAUGCGAUCAAGUACAGCAACGCGCCAAAUCCAGCAGUGAGCAGGAUAUAUUCGAUGAAUGUUGGUGGCUUCUCUCCGGCCGCCUUCUGCAAUACGUCACGGCAGGAGUGGUGUCCGAGGUCGAAGAAGACGAGAUUGCGGAAGAAUUGAGAAUCACUAUGGCAGUGAUGUAUGCGCAUGGAUUAGUGGAUGAUUUGGCCUGGUCACUCGCUCAUGCGAGCCACCAUGCCUGGCAGGUGAAUCGCCUCUUCGAAGCGGCUAUGUGGGGUAGUUUCUUGGAUGAUGGUAAUCUGAGAGGUCGCUUGGACCGAAAAGAGUAG